GUGCAGUGCAGUGCAGUGCUCCGCAUUGCCCCCUGCCAUGCGUCCCGCCGCGCUCCUCCUGCUCUGCCCGCUGGCCGCUGCCCUCUCAGGUAAGGGGAUGCCGGCUCCCCCCGGCCCCGCUGAGCGUGUCCCGGCGGCGGCAGGGCGGUUCUGGCACAUCACCGACCUCCACUGGGACCCCGGCUACGACCCGCAGGCAGCGCCCGGGCAGGGCUGCCCCUCGGGCGGCUCCCGCACCGGGCCCGGUGCAGGGCCCUGGGGCAGUUACCUCUGCGAUGCGCCCUGGCCCCUGCUUGUGUCUGCGGGGCACGCCAUGAGGAGCAUCCUGCAGCGCCCGGACUUCGUGCUCUGGACCGGAGAUGAUACUCCUCAUGUGCCCAAUGAGAUGCUUGGAGAAGAAAAGGUUCUGUACAUAAUAGAGAAUCUGACUUCUCUUAUAAGAGAGACAUUUCCAGAUACUAAAGUCUAUGCAGCAAUGGGCAACCACGACUUCCAUCCCAAGAACCAGUUUCCAGGGAAGGACCACAGGAUCUACAACCAAACGGCUGAACUGUGGCGUCCCUGGCUGAACAAUGCUUCUAUUCCACUCUUCAGAGCAGGAGGUUUCUACAGCGAGAAGCUGCCUGGCUCAGGGACAAGGGGGCGAGUGGUUGUCCUCAACACCAAUCUGUACUAUGACCAGAACAAUGAGACAGCUGGUGAGGAGGAUCCUGCAGGGCAGUUCCAGUGGCUGGAGGAGACACUGACCAACGCCUCUAGAGCAGAUGAAAUGGUGUACAUUGUGGGGCAUGUCCCUCCUGGCUUCUUCGAGAAGAAGCGAGGCAAGGCCUGGUUCCGGAGUGGCUUCAAUGAGAGAUACUUGCAAAUGGUGCAGAAGCACCACAGGGUCAUCGCUGCUCAAUUCUUUGGGCACCACCACACAGACACCUUCCGGAUGUUUUACAGUGAUACAGGUUCUCCAAUCAAUGUCAUGUUCCUGGCGCCUGGAGUGACCCCCUGGAAAACAACAUUGCCUGGAGUGGACAAUGGAGCCAACAACCCUGGGAUUCGGGUGAUCGAAUACGACCCAGACACCCUCCAGGUGUUGGACAUGGUCACUUACUACUUGAACCUAACUCGUGCCAACUUGAUGGAGGAAGAGUCCCCAGUGUGGGAGGAAGAGUACCGGCUGACAGAGGCCUUCCAGGUCCCGGAUGGCUCUGCACACUCCAUGCAGACAGUGCUGGAGAGGAUAUCCCAGGACCCACACUCCCUGCAGCAGUACUAUGAGUUCAACUCUGUCAGCUAUGAUCUGUCCAUGUGUGAGGGGUCCUGCCACGUUGAUCACGUCUGUGCCAUCAGGGAGCUUGAUUUUACACGAUAUGAGGAGUGUGUUGGCACCAGUAGCUCUGCCUCUGCCCUCGUGGGUGUUUGGCUCUUCUUUUCCUGCUUGCUCUUAGGGCUCAUCGGUCCCCAGCAAGCGCUGCAGUGACUGAAAGGGAAAUGGAGGGAGCUCAAGCUGACAAUGCACAUGAAUUGGUAACUGUGAAUGUUUUGGCACUGAGAAUCCACUUGGAAACCAGGAUGGAAUUGGUGACUUUUACUAAAAGCUCUGUGAUGUUGAUUUGAAAUCAUCCAGAAAAGCUUCAGGUACAAGGAUGGGGCAGCAAUGGUCACAGAGCCUUGUUCCAGGCUGACCUGCACCAGGAGCUGGUCUCCCUCUGCUGGGACCAGCAUCACCCAUGGACUUCACCUCCUCGGGGUGGGAGCUGUGACCUCCCAAGUGCUCCUGGUGGGUUCCUCACGUUGGCACCUGCUUCUCUUCAGGGAGGACCAUGACUGGUAAUGGGGAAGGUUGUGUUUUGGUGGCCCCAUACAGCAGCUGCCUCACCUUUGGCUGCGGUGGGAUUGGCUCUUCCUGUGCCAGAGGAUGAACCUCAGCAAGCUUGGGCUGAGCCUUCCACGUGUCAGUGCCCAGGAUGAGGCUCUGGGGGAAGCAGUUUGAUUGUUAUUACUUCUUAAAUUAGAAUUGUAUUUUCCCCAAUUGCAGAACAUCAACAGCUUUUCCCUUUGUGCUCUCCCA